GGCGGUGGCUCCGGCGGCCCCUCCUGGCGGUGCGGCGGCGGCGGCGGCGGCGCCCCGGGCCCCUUCCCGCCCCCCCCGCGCGCCCUCCCCUCUCCCGGCGCCGCGGGGACCAUGAGGGCCCGCGCCCCGCGGCCGGCGAGCGAGUGACCCGCGGCCCCCGCCUCAGCCCGCCGGCCCGGCCGCUCCCCCCCGCCUCGCGCAGGCAAUGACAGCGGCUCCGGCGUCCCCGCAGCAGAUGAGGGACCGGCUGCUGCAGGCCAUCGACCCCCAGAGCAACAUCCGGAACAUGGUGGCGGUGCUGGACGUCAUCUCCAGCCUGGAGAGGUUCCCCAUCACCAAAGAGGCGCUGGAGGAGACACGGCUGGGCAAACUCAUCAACGAUGUGCGCAAGAAGACACAGAAUGAGGAGCUGGCACGCAGGGCCAAGAAGCUGCUGCGGAGCUGGCAGAAGCUCAUCGAGCCCGCGCCUCAGGCUGAGGCGGCUAUGCGGGGACUGGCCAGCACCCCAGGCUCGGCCAACGGGGGAGCACACAACUGUCGGCCUGAUGUGGGGACCACCGGCGCAGCCAAGGGCCUCCAUGAUCUGAGGAGCCGCAAUGACGUCCAGAGACUGCCGGGGCCACGCCUGGACCGGCUGGGCACCCGCAAGCGCCGUGGGGACCAGCGUGACCUCGGGUUCCCGGUGGCCCCUCCCAAGGUCUCCAAAGCCAGCCACGAACCCCUGGUCCCCAAUUCCUCCCCUCUCCCCACCAAUGGUAUCGGCGGCAGCCCAGAGAGCUGCUCCGGGCCCCUGGACGGCAGCGGGCACCUGGGCCCUGAGGUCAGCCGCCUGGAGGCAGGCGAGGGCGAGCCGGCAGGGGGUAAGAUCCCAGUCAACACCGUGCGGCCACAUACCAGCUCCCCAGGUCUGGGCCAGCCCCCGGGGCCCUGCCUGCAGACCAAGGCUGCACUGCAGCUGGACCGCGUGGACCUUGCCCCCGGGCUGCCUCACCCCAAGGGGCUGCCUCGUUGCUCCUUCAGCCCCCGGAACUCAAGGCACGAGGGUUCAGCGCGGCAACGGAGCCCCUACACAUCCAAGGGCCGCCUGACCAGCCCCGCGCUGCGGUCACAGGCACCUGACGCAGUCUUGCAGGUGCCGUCCCCGCUGCCAUCAGCCCAUCCAUCCACGCCCCCCGUGCGCCGGCUCGAGCUGCUGCCCAGUGCCGAGAGCCCUGUGCGCUGCCUGGAGCAUCCUGAAGGCCACCCACGGCUGCCGCCCACUGCCGCCGACCCCCUCCUUGCCCGUGCUGGCUUCUCCCCAGACUCCUCCAAGGUGGACAGUGACGCAGCCUCAUCCUGCGGGGGCAGCGGCUUGGACAGCAGGAAGAAGAAGCGAUACCGGCCCCGCGACUACACGGUGAACUUGGACGGCCAGGGAGCCGAGGCAGGCGUGAAGCCUGUGAGGUUAAAAGAGCGGAAGCUCACCUUUGACCCUAUGACAAGACAGAUCAGACCUUUGACCCAGAAAGAGCCCGCGCGGGUCGACAGCCCCGUGUCCCCUGAGCAGCCCCGCACAGAGCUGGCCGGGCCUGAGGCCAAGGGCACUGUGCAGAGCCCCUUCGAGCAGACGAACUGGAAGGAGUUGUCGCGCAAUGAGAUGAUCCAGUCGUACCUGAGCCGGCAGAGCAGCCUGUUAUCCUCGUCGGGCGCCCAGACCCCUGGCGCCCACCACUUCAUGGCCGAAUACCUGCGUCAGGAGGAGAGUGCCCGGCGCCACGCCCGCCAGCCUCACGUGCUGGAGCCCGCGCCUGGCCCGCCUGUCCAUCUCCCGGGGCUGACACGAGAUGUGACCCUGGACGACGUGGAGCGGCUGCAGGGCCGCCCGUGGCCAGGGGUGAAUGGGUGUCGGGACACACAGGGUAACUGGUACGACUGGACACAGUGCAUUGCGCUUGACCCGCACGGGGAUGAGGGUGGGCUCAAUAUCCUGCCUUAUGUCUGCUUGGACUGAUGGCGGCCUGGGCCUAUGCUCUUCCCUCAGACUUCUCCUUCUUUUGUGAAAUGCUGCUACCAGUUUGCUAACGUGAUGGCAAAGGAAGGUCCCAUGGCAGGAAGGCAGGCCGGGAGCUCAGAGCUCCACCACAGACCAGCUGGAACGAAUGUCCGUCCCCACAUGGACAUGGUGCAGAGCCCCAGCACCUGCAGGCACAGCCCUAGUGGCAGGCAGGCCCAGAAAGGCUGCAGGGAGAUUUCAGCAGGGCAGCUGGCAACCCCUGCUGCGGGUCCCCCCAGCGCCAGAGGUCAGACCCACACUCCAUAGUACCCACAGAUUUGUUUUCAGUUCAGUUCCAUCCAUUUCCAAAGCAACGCUGCAGAGAUGGAUGUCUCCUAGUUUGUUCGAACCUUCCGUCCCAUCCCACAAGCCAAAUGACUCCCCUACCUUCCUUUCCUGUGCCCCUUUCUAGAAAAGCCAUCUUUCUAGAGCCCCUUUCCUCAUCCCCACACACAGCACAGUGGGUGCUACUGGUGUGUGGGCCUCCGUGGGCGAGGCCUUGUCUGCGCUGGGACACUCGUAACCAUUCCUUUAGAUUCGUUUGCCUUAUGGUUCCCCAACAUAAACAAGGAGCCUUAGUGAAUGUACAGUACCUAGACUUCUGUGUUCUCUGCACGCAGAAGGAGCAACUUUGCUAUUUGGUCCAGUAAGUGGACAUCUUGUGAUAUAAACGUGAAAAUAAAAAACCAU